AUGUCAAAGAAUCUGCAAGAACAAUCCACCAAGAAAGACCAUUCAGUAGUCAGCGAAAAAGAAGCCUACGCUGCUGGCAAAAUCCAACUAUCAGACAGAUUAGGUGAUGCACAUUUUAACCCUUUGCCAACGAAGAAUCUCAUUAUUUGUCUUUGUAGCUUGGCUUUGGGUUCGAUUAUUUCAUUUGCAGACCAAACAGGUGUAACAGUAGCCUUACCAUAUAUUGCGAAAGAUUUGGGAGCAGAGAACACUAUAAAUUGGGCUGGUACAGCAUCACUUUUGGCAAACACUGUUUGCCAGGUACUUUUUGGAAGGGUUUCUGAUAUAUUCGGUAGGAAAUCUGUUAUGCUUGCAUGUCUUUUAAUUUUAGUUAUUGCUGAUUUAUGCUGUGGGUUUGCUCAGACAGGCUUACAGUUCUAUAUCUUCAGAGCUUUUGCAGGAAUUGGAAACGGUGGAGUUUCUUCCUUGACAAUGGUGAUACUCAGUGAUAUAACAACUUUAGAACAGAGAGGAAAGUACCAAGGUAUUCUUGGGUCAAGUGUCGGGGUCGGAAAUGCAGUUGGCCCUUUUAUAAUGGCAGCUUUCCACAGUAAGUACUCUUGGAGAGGAUUUUAUUACAUGCUUGCGCCGUUAGGCUGUAUUGUAAUCGUUACAAUUUAUUUCUUGGUUGAAGACAGAGGUGAGCAAUUAAACCAGGUCCUAACUAAAAAAGAUAAAAUGAAAAAAAUCGAUUAUCUUGGUCUUUUAACGGCGACAGUUGCUUUGACAUUAUUACUAGUACCAAUCAGUGGUGGUGGAACCUCUUAUCCUUGGAAUAGCCCAAAAGUAAUAAUAAUGAUUAUCGUAGGUGGCCUUUGUUUCAUAUCAUUCUUACUCAUUGAAUGGAAAAUUCCACAGCUACCAAUGAUACCUUUGGAAAUCUUUAAAGUGCCCUCACUUAGCUUGAUAUUAGGAUCAAGCUUUCUUUUUGGAAUGACAUAUUUUAGCUUUCUCUAUUAUAUGCCUUAUUUCUUCCAAAUUGUGAGAGAUAAAGACCUGGUUCAAGCCUCGAUCUUUAUAUUACCGUUGGUUCUAAGUCAAGCAGCCAUGUCAAUAGCCUCCGGCCAACUUAUAACAAGGACUCAACAUUACCUUCCAUCUGUAAUUUUCGGAUAUUUCACUUGGUUAUUCGGGAUCGCUUUGCUAAGAUUAUGGGAUAAAGAGAUCAACGACGGCAUUUGCGCACUUAUAUUAUUAAUUAUGGGAACAGGAGUAGGGUUUACGUUUCAACCUACCAUGGUUGCAGCUCAGGCACAAGCGAAGAAAUCCCAGAGGGCCGUCGUAAUUUCCACUAGAAAUGUGAUGAGAUCAUUUGGUGGUGCAGUGGGCAUCGCUGUCGGUUCAACAAUAAUAAGUAACAGUCUUUUAAAAAAAAUAAAUCAAAAAGGGAUCGACCUUCCACCUGAAUACGUAAAUUAUAUGAAGGGCCAUAUUUUCAAUAAGAUUAAAACGAAUCAAUUAACUUCGCAAGAAGCUGAUGUGGUCAAGAACAUGUAUGUUCUUGCAUUAAGGAACUACUUUUAUGUGUUGAUUCCUUUGAUAGCAAUUUGCCUUAUCAGUUCACUUUUCAUAAGAGACAGAGGUCUCAAGUGUAUCGACGAACCUCAGAACAUUAAUAACGAACCAGAACUCAAUCUGAGUAUUAGCACAAGCUCCUCCGCAACUAGAUAA